AGGGGCCGGGCCGCCGGCAGGGGAGGCGCCGAGCCGGGACUGCGCGCUCGCCCGCCGCGCUCUGUGCCGCCCGACCGAGCGGCCGGACCUCGCGCCCCGCGCGCCCCGCGCCGCCGGCUUUUGUUGUCGCCGCCUUCUCGGCCGCCGCUGCCUGCGGACCGCGAGCCGCUCGCGCCGGGACCUUGGCUCUGCCCUUCGCGGGUGGGGGCUGCGCGGCCCAGGCCGGGAUCCGAGAGAGGCGCGGGCGGGCGGGCGGCCGGGGCGCCCCGGCCCCGCCAUGGAGCUGCGGGCCCGAGGCUGGUGGCUGCUUUGCGCGGCCGCCGCGCUGGCCGCCUGCGCCCGCGGGGACCCUGCCAGCAAGAGCCGGAGCUGCAGCGAAGUCCGCCAGAUCUACGGGGCCAAGGGCUUCAGCCUCAGCGACGUGCCCCAGGCAGAGAUCUCGGGUGAGCACCUGAGGAUCUGCCCCCAGGGCUACACCUGCUGCACCAGCCACAUGGAGGAGAACCUGGCCAACCGCAGCCGGGCUGAACUGGAGACAGCCCUCCUGGACAGCGGCCGCACCCUGCAGGCCACACUCACCACCCAGCUGCAGAACUUCGAUGAUCACUUCCAGCACCUGCUGAACGAGUCGGAGCGGGCGCUGCAGGACACCUUCCCCAGCGCCUUCGGGGAGCUGUACACGCAGAGCGCCAGGGCCUUCCGGGACCUGUACUCCGAGCUGCGCCUCUACUACCGCGGCGCAAACCUGCACCUGGAGGAGACGCUGGCCGAGUUCUGGGCCCGCCUGCUGGAGCGCCUCUUCAGGCAGCUGCACCCGCAGCUGCUGCUGCCCGACGACUACCUGGACUGUCUGGGCAAGCAGGCCGAGGCGCUGCGGCCCUUCGGGGAGGCCCCGCGCGAGCUGCGCCUGCGCGCCACCCGCGCCUUCGUGGCAGCUCGCGCCUUCGUGCAGGGCCUGGGCGUGGCCAGUGACGUGGUCCGGAAGGUGGCCCAGGUGCCCCUGGGCCCGGAGUGCUCGAGGGCCGUCAUGAAGCUGGUCUACUGCGCGCACUGCCUGGGGGUCCCCGGCGCCCGGCCCUGCCCUGAUUACUGCCGCAAUGUGCUCAAAGGCUGCCUGGCCAACCAGGCCGACCUCGACGCCGAGUGGAGGAACCUUCUGGACUCCAUGGUGCUCAUCACCGACAAGUUCUGGGGCCCAUCGGGUGCGGAAAGCGUCAUCGGCAGUGUGCAUUUGUGGCUCGCAGAAGCCAUCAACGCCCUCCAGGACAACAGGGAUACGCUCACAGCCAAGGUCAUCCAGGGCUGUGGGAACCCCAAGGUGAACCCCCAGAGCUCUGGGCCUGAGCAGAAGCAGCCCCGGGGCAAGCUGGUGCUACAGGAGAGGCCCCCCACGGGCUCACUGGAGAAGCUGGUCUCCGAGGCCAAGGCACAGCUCCGAGAUGCCCAGGACUUCUGGAUCAGCCUCCCGGGGAUGCUGUGCAGCGAGAAGAUGGCCAUGAGCGCCGCCAGUGACGACCGCUGCUGGAACGGCAUGGCCAAGGGCCGGUACCUCCCGGAGGUGAUGGGUGAUGGCCUGGCCAAUCAGAUCAACAACCCUGAGGUGGAGGUGGACAUCACCAAGCCCGACAUGACGGUCCGCCAACAGAUCAUGCAGCUGAAGGUCAUGACCAACCGGCUUCGCAGCGCCUACAACGGCAACGACGUGGACUUCCAGGACGCCAGUGACGACAGCAGUGGCUCGGGCAGCGGGGACAGCUGCCCCGACGACCUCUGUAGCCGGAGAGUCAGCAAGAAAAGCUCCAGCCCACGGACGACCCUGACCCACGCCCUCCCGGGCCUGUCAGAGCGGGAGGGCCAGAAGACCUCCGCCUCCGGCUGCCCCCGGCCCUGCGUGUCCCUAAUGCUGCUCCUCUCCCUGAUCCUCUCGGCUGCCAGGCCCACGUGGCGGUAACUGCCGCAGGCCCCAGGGACCGAGGCCAAGAACUGACUUUGCCAAAACGCAAAACAGACGAUAUUUAAUUCUGCUGGGCCUAGAGGCCCAGGGGCAGGACAGGGAGGGACAGUGAGGGGCCCCGGCUCUGGGACUGUGCUGGGGUGGGGCAGGGGGCCCUGGUCCUGCCGGCCACCCUGGCUUUUAAUUUUGUAUGAGGGCCUCAGGUCAGCCGGGAACAAUGUCCCCAAAAGCCAUGUAUUUCAGGGACCUGGGGGAUGCCGGUGGCCACCUCCCGCCUGCCUGCCCGCACCUCUCCCCCAGCUCCCCGAGCAGCGUCCCGCUGGAGAGUGUGAGUCUGUGCCUUCCUCUCCUGCCUCCUCCUGCCGAGAACUUCCGGGCUCCGUGUGUCAGGAAGCAAAGCCCACCCCUGGAUGCCUAAGAAUCCCUGGGAGGGCAUCAGGGUUUCUGCCAUCCGGGGUCUAGCAGGGGCUUUGAGAUUAUGCAUGAACCCUUCUGACUCAGCCAGGCCCCC